GUGGUGGUCGCUGGCCGGGUGCCGGCCCAGUGAAACAAUGGACGGGCUGCGUGGGAGCAAGUGGAAACAAUAGGUGCAAUUCACAGGUGCGGGGUUAAUUGAACGACCUGUGCGGAAUGUGAGAACUAGACUGAUGGAGGCGAUCGAGGCCCAGGGUAGUGGGGUGUAAGAUGGAGUAGUAGUGGAAUAGCGCAGUGGUCAGUAGUUGCGUCUGUAUUAGAGCGAUAGCGUGAGAACCGGGCAGAUUGAGGGGCGAGUAGUCACGUGCUCUUUUAGUAUAUAGCUUAGGGGAGAUGUGUAGUCGGGGCCUUUUCCCAAACACACGAGCAGGGAUUACGAUCUUUGAGUUGGUUGGAAGAGAGAGAGUGUGUUGUGUCGAGUUCGCCAGAGCCAGCACUAUCGACUGGCAUUAGAAAAAAACGACCUGGAACCCACGAGAGUGUUGAGUCUUGUUAUUGUGGAAGGAUUGCGGGAAGAGCCCGCAUCUAACCCUGUUACAAUAAUAUUCAACUCCGCAUUGAGUGUAUUUAUUAAGCUAAAUUUACGUUGCUGUGGAAAAAAGAAACUAGAUUUAUUUAACUUCGAGUCCAGCCUGCGGUUGCCUUGAAUGGCCCAGACCAAAUGAUUCGUGGGCCGGACAAUCCCUAUCCCUGCUGUAGUCCAUUCCAGAUGUCCGUUCCAGUACAUUUCAGUUAACCUUCCCACAGAUGGCUAAACCACGGACGCAUAGAUAGUUCGUGGCUAAACCAAAACAACCGUGGCAACGAAGGGAAACUACUCUAAUUAUAUUAAAAUGGCGGCUCCCAUGAUGUGGGUAUGCAAACACUGCAGAGGAAAGAUUUGGAGUGUGUGUCGACAGUUACAUACGUCAAAAGUAAACCAAUCGGGACCAUGGAAAGACAAGAAUUAUGGAUGUUCCAUUGAAGUCAAUAUUGGCGGAAAGCAACUUCAACUUAGCUCAGGAAAGCUGGCAAGAUUUGCAGAUGGAGCUGCAGUUGCAAAGCUUGAUGAUACAUCUGUGCUGGUCACAGCAGUCAGCAAAACAAGAUCAUCCCAAUUCUCAUUCUUUCCUUUAACAGUUGAUUUUAGACAGAAAGCAGCAGCAGCUGGCAGAAUACCAAUGAACUUUUUCCGCCGAGAACUGGGUCCGACUGAAACAGAAAUUCUCACAAGUCGCAUGAUUGACCGAUCUCUACGGCCGAUGUUCCCAGAAGGUUACCUCAAUGAGACACAGCUUGUUUGCAAUGUUCUGGCAAUGGAUGGCCUUAAUGAUCCAGAUAUUGUCAGCAUAAAUGCGGCAUCAGCUGCACUCAGUGUGUCUGAUAUUCCUUGGGACGGACCUGUUGGUGCUGUCAGAGUUGGACUGGUGGACAGAGAGGUGAUAGUCAACCCCACACGAAAACAACUGCAGCAUAGCACGCUUGACCUUGUCAUAACAGCUGCUGCCAAUCGUAAAGUUGUGAUGCUUGAAGGAGUGGGAGAUGCAGUGUUUCUCCAUGACCUGGCCAAGGCAAUUAGUAAAGGGGUCAGUGAGGCGCAAGCCAUUGUGCAAGGGAUCUUACAACUCCAGAAGCAGAUUGGUCGACCCAAACGAAGUUAUGACUCUCCAGCUGUUGUAAACCCAGAAGUUGCAGAGGCAGUGAAAAGUCUUUGUACUUCUCGCAUCCGGGAAGUCUUCUAUGAUGAUCGGCAUGAUAAGAUCUCUAGAGAUGUAGCAAUUCAAGACAUAAAAGCAAGUGCCAUUGAAGAGCUGAAAGGUAGUUUUCCAGACUGUAAAGAAGACUUGAUAGGAGAAGCCAUCCACAGACACGUCAAAGAAAUAUUUCGCAGCUUGAUUCUAGAUGAAGAACGAAGGUGUGAUGGACGGACAUUACAGCAACUGCGAGACAUCAGCUGUCAGGUCGAUCUUUUCCAGCCCUUGCAUGGCUCUGCUCUCUUCCAGCGGGGACAAACACAGGUUAUGUGCACUGUGACGUAUGACAGUCCAGAAGCUGCAAUGCGUCUUGACCCCAUCUCAGUAUUAACAGGGAAUAUCAAAGAGAAGAAUUUUAUGCUUCAUUAUGAGUUUCCACCUUAUGCCACAAAUGAAACUGGCAGACCAGGCGCUGUUGGAAGAAGAGAAUUCGGCCAUGGUGCUUUAGCAGAAAAGGCUUUGCGUGCAAUUGUUCCAGACAACUGCCCAUUUACCAUUCGCCUUACUUCAGAAGUGCUGGAGUCUAAUGGUUCAUCAUCCAUGGCAUCUGUUUGUGGAGGAAGUCUGGCACUUAUGGAUGCAGGUGUCAGGAUCAGUGAGGCUGCAGCAGGUGUUGCAGUGGGACUAGUGACUCGCACCGACCCUGGCACCAGAAAUAUCACCAAGUACAAACUCCUGACAGAUCUGCUGGGCAUUGAGGACUACAUGGGUGACAUGGACUUUAAAAUGGCUGGGACACGUUCAGGUAUCACUGCACUUCAGGUCGACUUCAAGCUUCCUGGCGUGCCAUUAGAGAUUGUUUCCAAGGCUUUAGAACAAGGGUUUGUUGGCAUUAAUCACAUUCUAGACAUUAUGGAUAAAACAAUAUCAAAGCCCAGAGAGGAAAUAAAACACUGUGGGCCUGUUAUUGAGAAGCUCAGCAUUGAAGCUCAGGACAGAUCAAAGUUUUUUGGUGUCGGCGGUCAUAAUCUGAGGAAACUGCGAAGUGAAACAGGUGUGACAGUGACACCGGUGGAUGAUGUCAGUUUCCAGUUGUUUGCACCUAACUCUGAAGCUAUGGAUGAAGCACGUGAAAUGAUAGAUGAAUUCCUGGCUGAUGAGGUGCCAGAACUGGAGUUUGGUGCCAUCUACAAAGGGAAAAUAGUGGAAAUCAGGGACAUUGGAGUGAUGGUAGAGCUACACCCUAAACUGGCUCCUGUUCUUCUACACAACUCUCAAGUUGAUCAACGAAAGGUUCAUCAUGCAAGUGCUCUGGGGUUGGAAGUCGGCCAGGAGAUUACAGUCAAAUAUUUUGGACGAGAUCCAGUCAGUGGACGUAUGAGAAUCUCACGCAAAGCUCUUCUUGCACCAGCCACCACUAUCAUACGCAACUUGGGAUCGCCAUCAUGACAAACUUCAUCACACUUUAAGACCAUUUAUUCAUGUUCAGUCAUCUAAAAACUUUGCUCAUCUGGAUGAGGAACGUGGAAAUAUAUCACACUAAGACAGAAUGUACAUAAUAAAUAUGCUGUGAAACAAA